GUGGGUUGGGAGGCGCGGUCUGCUUUCAGGUGAACGGAACUGAAAGGAAGAAGAGAGAGAAGCAGGAGUCAGCGGCGGACAUCACCUCCGAGAUGUUCCGCGGCUCCAGAAGACGUCGGUCUCAGGGAACAGAGGCGGAUGUAACAGCGCAAGGCCAGCCAUGCCUCACCUGUUUGGAGCGAUGUCCCGGCUUCCUCGCCCACAGAUGGAGGAAAAUCUGCCAGCAUUGCCAGUGUCCGUGGGAGGAACAUGGCACCGUGGGCACUCCUCAGGAUCUGGAACGAACCAUAUGCCGCCUGGUCUCAGGAGCGCAGAGACAUUCUUUGAACGAUAGCAGUUCUGACAGCUCUUUGGAGAAGUACGCAUGGGUACCAUCUGGGUUAACCCCUGAACAGGUUCACCAGUAUUUUAGUUGUUUGCCUGAAGACAAGAUCCCCUACGUACAGAGUGUCGGAGAGAGACACCGAAUGAAGCAACUUCUCCGACAGCUGCCUCCACAUGACUGCGAGGCCCGGUACUGCUGCUCUUUGCAGGGGGAGGAAGAAGAGGAAAUGCUGACGCUCUUCAGCCAAAGACGGAGACUUGAAAAUUUGGGUCGUGGGUCCGUCCAUCCGGUCUCCAGAACAAUGAACGGGACAGUGUGUCAGAGGUGCGGGCAUCAGAUUAGCGCCGGCGACAUGGCAGUGUUCGCAUCCCGGGCAGGGUUGGGGUCCUGCUGGCACCCUCGGUGUUUCACCUGUGCCCGCUGUACGGAGCUGCUGGGUGACCUCAUCUACUUUUAUCAGGACGGGGAGGUGUAUUGCGGCCGUCACCACGCUGAGCUGCAACGGCCACGGUGCCUGGCAUGUGAUGAGGUGAUCUUCUCAACAGAGUGCACUCAGGCUGAGGGCUACCACUGGCACACAAGGCACUUCUGCUGUUUUGAGUGUGAAGGUGUACUCGGAGGACAGCGCUACGUUAUGAGGGACAGGCGUCCGUACUGCUGCCCCUGUUACGAAAGACUCUUCUCUCAGUAUUGUGAUAGCUGUGGGGAGUGCAUCGGCAUCGAUGAAGGGCAGCUGUCACAUGGAGGCCAGCACUGGCAUGCAACAGAGCGGUGCUUCUGUUGUGGAAGAUGCGGAACGUCACUUCUAGGUAGACCUUUCCUACCUCGACAUGGGCAGAUUUACUGCUCUCGGAGCUGCAGUAUGACGCGGACGCCCAGUGAGCAUUCAGUCAGCCCGACUGAAAUUGAGAUGCCUUUGCAAAAGGAGACAAGAGAUGUAGGCACCUCUACAAACCAUGACCCAGAAGAGGAGAGCUUUCAGGAGCGCAGGAUGGGGGGAGGCAGAAGAGCUGUGUCCAUGAUAGAUCAGUCUGGAAUAAGCCAAACCUUCCACUUGCAGACUCCCCUUUCACGCUCCAUACAUUCCAGUUUAAGAAGGGUUCCCCCUGAGUUCUCACGUGACUGUUCCCAAAGACGGUCUCUUCCUGACCUAACAAGCCAGACUCGGCCAACUUCCAGAGUCACAUUCAAGAUACCUCUUAGCUCUGAGUUUAAAGAACCCAUCAGCUUCUCCCACCCCUCUUUCACAUCCUCCUCCUCUUCUGAUGAUGAAGAAGAGGGUUACUUUCUAGGAGAACCCAUUCCCCUGCCUCCCUUUAUGAGACCACCAGGAUACACUCCCCCCUCAAACCCUACCUCCACACCCAAGAAGAAAGACAAGAACUGCAUUUUAUCGUGACCCAAUACAGUAGCCAAUAAGCCCAGUGGACGAUGUUAUCAAGAACCUUCCCGGCCAUAUUACUCUGAAGAGGUCCCUCGACAAUGUUUACAGCUUAUGUCAGAAAUCCAGCAUAUUAGAGGACCAUGAAGGUGCGAAGAGGGCAGAUUUUUUCCCCUGUUGUCCCUUUUUGAGCAUUCUGGUUUCCAUGAUACACAAUAGUAUCAGCA